AUGGAAGAAUUAGUCAUUUACCAUGGACAGACAGCCACUCAGACAGAACCUUCUUCCUCCACUCAUUUCUCACAACUCGGCGAUAUGUUUCAACAAGCCAUUCCAGAAGGCUGGCGAUCCAUCUAUACAUCCAAAGACAUCGUGUCCUGCAUAGAGAAAAUCCAGCCUGUCCGAUACACCGAAACACUCUCGCUUUUCUCGACAUUGAACGUUAUCCCUUACAGCUCGGGAUACUCACUUGGCAGCGCUAACUGGCUUUUAGAGACCAGUUUUAAACGUAUUGCUUUUCUGUCGACCUCGUCUGUCUAUACACACCUUCAUCCAGCACCGUUUGAUGAUGAUAUCCUGAAAGACACAGAUGUGGUUGUUGUGGCUGGACUCACACAACCCUCAGAAAAAGACGCGUCGUUUGAACGAGCCAAGUCACGUCUGUUGGUCCAAUUAGCACGGACCAUUCAAUCGCUGCAUAAUGUCGUGCUUGUCUGUCCAGCAUCUGGCAUCCUGUUUGAUUUAAUAGGCGACAUUGAGGCUUAUUUUCGGUCGCUGGGGAAAGAAAUCGGACCUGAGCGACAUCAGACGCCUAUAUAUGUAGUCAAUCCAAUGGCAGAUCAAAGUCUCAAAUACGCUAAUAUCUGUGGUGAAUGGAUGAACAGUGGUCGACAUGACCUGUUGUAUUUGCCUCAAAUGCCAUUGACGCAUGGUGAAUUGAUGAACACUGGUGCUGUACAGUCCAUUACAUCGUUAGAGGCAGCCUUGUUGUCUAAAAAGACCAUACGUGAACCAUGUAUUGUGUUUACUGGUGAUUCAGCGUGUAUCACAAAGGGGUUUCUAUCUUGGUUCCUAGAGCAUUGGGGAGCAUCUGAAUUAAAUACGUGUAUAUUUAUAGACCCUGAUACACCUCAUCCUAUUCAACAACACAUACCUCCACAGUGCAAAAUGAACUGUAUUCGUUUACCUUUAGAUACACGCUUAAAACUAGAAGAUGUGCCUUCUAUUCUACAUACGCAUUGGCAAACCCAUGCCAGUGCAAAGCAUUUGCUAUUGCCUAAAAUGAAAGGGUCUGGUCUGAUUAAAGAACAAGUGUCUGAUACGCAAGUCUCUAUUUAUGAACCUGGGCAAGUGAUUCGUAUUGAUCUCCAGCGUGAUUGGGAGCGCAUCUCUGUCAGUGAGAAAUUAGCCAAGUCGAUUGAACCCAACAUGAUGCCAGCGACAGUCAAUGGUAUCUCUACUGUAUGGGCACCUAUCCAUGGUACUUUAAACUAUUACAACAAUCGGCUUGAGAUCCAACCCAGUACAAGUAUUACAAAAGACAUCAAUGGCAUUACUACCAUUCAUUUACCAAAAGAUAUGGAUGCAAAAGUGAUUAUGAAUGGUUCAAGUACGACUGUGGUGACGAAUAAUGAUCAAGUCAGAGCUUUAUUACGAAAGAUGACAGUAAUUGAAUAA